AUGGUAGCCUACGAAGGCUCCUUCUACGACGCCACGGUCGGCAUGUCCCUCGGGGCUCUGCACGCUCUGCAAAACUUCCUCCUUGAGGCUUCCGACCACACUGACCCGACCUCGCUCCUCACCGCUCGCCUGGCACCCGACAUGUGGCCUCUAUCCUUCCAGUAUCGGUACGCGUGUAAUGUGGCCGAGUACAUCAGCCGACUCCUGUCCGGUCAUAACAUCAAGGACGAACCGAUUCCUGCCACUCCGACUGACACGAGCAUCACCUGGGACGCAAUUGGAGCACGUGUAGCUCAAGUCAUCAAGCGGCUGGACGCGGUCGAUAGAGACGAGGCGGGCCGUCUAGGUGACCAGGUGGUCGUGGAACCGUGGCGAGGUACAGAGCUGCCGCUGAAAGCACUGGUAGGAAACGCGAGUAUGCCCAACGUGUACUUCCAUACUGCAAUGGCCUACGCGAUUCUCAGGGCCAAUGGCGUCAAAGUGAUGAAACGGCACUGGGCGCGUGCUUUUGCGAGGAACUUCUUGCCUUCUGGUGCUUCGGCGAGGACGGUGGAGGAUAAGCCCGGGGUUCCGACUGCUGGACAUAAAGAUCUCGGUCAAGGCUGA